GAGGGGGGGAGCUAUUGUUUCACUCAGACAGGGAGGCUGCUUGCGAAAGUUCAGCAGAGAGGCUCUCUGAACUGGUUGCAGAGGCGGAUUAUUCCAGGCAGCCGAGGAAUGUUCUCCCAGCGCGUUACAGCCUGGCAGAGGUGGGCAAAGGCCACAGAGCUGUGCAGGGGGGUGGGGCAGCCAGGUGCAGGGAGACCAGGGAGGCUGGGAGCUUAAAACUGGGAUCAAAAAGGAUCAGGGCAGGACGGAGCGGGAGCAGGACUUCAGCCCCGAGGGAGGGAGCUGUGGUCUGGACCGGAGAGGGGAGUGAGGGGGGGGGAGGGGCCUGUCCUGAGCAGCACACCCCUCUUCCAGCCGCCCUGCUGCAGUAUAUAGUGCAGCCAAGCGCGGGGGGGAGAGAGAGAGAGGCUGGACUGAGAGCCUGAGAGACCGAGAGCCUGAGACAGCUCGCUGCCUCCCACUCACCUGCACACGGGCUCCGCGCUGGAUCGCUGCUCUGCACGUGGCUGGACUCGGGAACAAGACCGCAAACUUCACUGAACACUCCUCCAAGAGACACACUGAACUCCUCCUCCUAGAAAAUGCACCUGCUCUUGAUGACGGUGGGGCUCCUCCUGAUGGUGGAGGUUGGCAUUGCGAAGCACCAGGUUCGGACCCGCCGGCAGCUGAACAACCCUCUUCACCAAGGGGGGAUCCGGGACCCCUAUGGCUCGUACUGCGAGCGGAGGGGGGGCUGCUGUCCAGGCCGCGAUGACCAGUGCACAGUUCCCUAUCUGGACACCAUCUGCUACUGCGACCUCUUCUGCAACCGCACUGUGUCGGACUGCUGCCCGGACUUCUGGGGUCACUGCCUGGGUAUCCCACCCCCCACAAUCUUUAAGAGCUGCGAGCGCAACGGACACAGAUUCCACCCCGGGGCGACGCACAGAGAGAACUGCAACCUCUGCACCUGCUCCAGAACCGGACAGUGGGAUUGCGAGCAGCACGUCUGCCUGGUGGAGCCAGACAUGAUCCACGCUAUCAACAGGGGGAACUACGGCUGGCAUGCAGGGAACUACAGCCAGUUCUGGGGAAUGACUCUGGAUGAGGGCAUCCGGUACCGGCUGGGCACCCAGCUGCCAUCCCGGAGCAUCCUGUCCAUGAAUGAGCUGAAGAUGAACAUGGACAGCUCGGAGCGCCUGCCGCCGUAUUUCCGCGCGGAGGAGAAGUGGCCGGGGAAGAUCCACGAGCCGCUGGACCAGGGCAACUGCGCUGCGUCCUGGGCCUUUUCCACCGCAGCGGUGGCGUCAGACCGCAUCGCCAUCCAGUCCAUGGGCCACAUGACCCCCCAGCUGUCGCCCCAGAACAUCAUUUCCUGCGACACGCGCAACCAGGGGGGCUGCACCUGGGGCCGCGUCGAUGGAGCCUGGUGGUUCCUGCGCAGGAAGGGCGUGGUGACGCAGGAGUGCUACCCCUUCUCGGCCCCGCAGCCCGGAGAAACCCCCCACUGCAUGAUGCACAGCCGGCCGGUGGGCAGGGGCAAGAGGCAGGCCACGGCCCGCUGCCCCAGCGCCGAGAGCUACCAGAACGAGAUCUACCAGUCCACCCCGCCCUACAGACUGUCUUCCAACGAGAAAGAAAUCAUGAAGGAGAUCAUGGACAAUGGCCCAGUGCAAGCCAUCAUGGAGGUGCAUGAGGAUUUCUUCGUAUACCGGAGUGGGAUCUACCGGCACACGCCCGUCAGCAGCCGCAAGGCCCCGCAGUACCGGAAGCACGGCACGCACUCCGUCAGGAUCACAGGAUGGGGAGAGGAAAGGGAUUAUAAUGGCCAGACACGGAAGUACUGGAUUGCUGCCAAUUCAUGGGGGAGGAACUGGGGAGAGGACGGCUACUUCAAGAUCGCCCGGGGGGAGAAUGAGUGCCAGAUCGAGACCUUUAUCAUCGGCGUCUGGGGUCGUGUCACCAUGGAGGACAUGCACCACCACCACAGGAAGUGAGGCCGAGAGGCAGGAGGUGGCGAAAUCCGAGACGGAUUAAGACACGUGAUGAUUCACUUUCAUCAACCAAAUACACACAGUCUCACCCCGGCUGUCCGUGUUCCAACUGGCCAGCCUGCAGCUGGGUUCAGGACUCACCGCUAAAUAUCUCAGGACUCCAUUCCAAAGAUUCCAAUGCCUUAGCCACUUUUAUUCCACUCCGUCUCUGGAUCUGAUAAGGACUCAACUUUCUUUUAUGGGAUCAGAGUUUGGACAUUUUCUGUGUUAGUUUGUUUGCUUCACUAACAGUGGAAGAGACAAGCAGUCUGGGACUCAGUCUUCCUGCUUUUUAAUGCUUUUACAAGCUCUAGACCGUUUUCACAGGGGGCUGGAGGAGAUCAGACCAUGGUGCAUACUGUAGUCCUCCAGGACUGAUAGUAGUUCAGGUGGGGAGCUGCAGCAGCAUGCGUAGGCUGCAAAGGAACAUGUUAAGGUUUACUCCAUGGAGCCUU